AUUUUUGGGAGCAGUGGUACAAGUGAAAGGAGGUGACCAGGUUUGACUGUGAGGGGGAAGGAGGGCUUCUUUACUGGUCUACGACGUUUUCCUUCUAUUUCAUACGGCUUUUAGUUUUAUGCCUUUCGAUCCGAAAUUCAAGGCAACUGUUGUGGUUUUUUUGUUCUUUUGGUUAAGACUUGCCGACUUGGGAGUGAGGAGGAUAAUGGAUGGAUUGAAGUUGAGUUGAGUUUGAGUUGGGUUGUGUUUGUGACUGGAAGCUCUGUAAGCUCUGUGUUGUAGAAUCCAUCUGACUCUCCCAGGGCCAGGCCGACAUUUCUGAACAUCGUACCCACGUUCCUCAAUAAUAACGGACUCUGAUUUUGGACUUACCAGAUCUGUAAAUGGAAGAGUAAGGAGGAGGAGGAAGAAGAGGAAGAGGAAGUGGAAAAGAAGGAAAAGAUGAAGAGAGGGUGGAGGGCAUCGUGGUCCGAAGAGCAUGGGGUUGGCCUGUUUUGCUUUCUGUUGCUGCUAAUGGCGUCAGACGCCAAAGAUUUGUCUGAUGAUGAUGAUGAUGUGGUGGGGUUAUUGGCUUUCAAGUCCUCCUCCGUCGUGUCCGAUCCCACUGGGUUCUUGAGUGAUUGGAGUCAUGAUUCUCCCCGUCCCUGCGCGUGGAGGGGCGUCUCGUGCUCCUCCAGUGGCCGGGUGGUUGCGCUCGACCUCACCAACGCUGGCCUGGUUGGUUCUCUCCAGCUUUCUCGACUUUUGGCGCUUGAAAAUCUUCGACACGUCCAUUUUCACGGCAAUCACUUCUCGGAGGGCGACCUCUCCCGGUCCUACAGGGGCUCUUGCAAGCUUGAGACCUUGGAUUUGUCCGCUAACAACUUGACGCUUCCGCUUGCAGGACCACCUCUCCUGUUGGGUUGCCAACGCCUUGCUUCCCUCAACCUCUCCCGCAAUUUUAUCCCCGGAGGCAGUCUCUCCUUCGGCCCUUCUCUGCUCCAGCUCGACCUUUCCCGCAAUAAAAUUUCUGAUUCAGCUUUCGUCGACCACUUUCUCUCCAACUGUCAGAAUUUGAAUCUUUUCAAUCUCUCCGAUAAUAAGCUUGCUGCCAAACUGAGCGCCUCCUCUCUCUCUCCCUGCAAAAACCUCUCCACCCUUGACCUCUCUUACAACCUCUUGUCUGGGGAGAUACCCGUGGACCAUUCAUCACCCCCGUCUCUGAGGCUUCUGGAUCUCUCUCACAACAACUUCUCUGCCAAAUUAUCCAGCAUUGAGUUUGGGGAAUGUGGGAAUCUUACUGUGCUUGAUCUGUCCCACAAUGAUUUCUCUGGCACCGACUUCCCACCCAGCCUGAGAAAUUGCGAGCUUCUUGAGACGCUUGACCUUUCUCAUAAUGUGCUAGAGUACAAGAUCCCAGGGGACUUGUUGGGGAACCUCAGGAAUUUGCGGUGGUUGUCGCUGGCCCAUAAUCGUUUCAUGGGUGAGAUUCCCCCAGAACUGGCUGCAACUUGUGGGACUCUGCAGGGGCUGGACCUUUCUGCAAACAACCUUUCUGGUGGGUUCCCUUUGACUUUUGCAUCCUGCUCGUCUCUGGUUAGCCUCAACCUGGGCAACAAUAGGCUGUCCGGGGAUUUCCUUACCAUGGUCAUCAGUACUCUCCCGAGUUUAAAAUAUCUCUAUGUCCCCUUCAACAACCUAACUGGUUCUGUACCCCUGUCCCUGACGAACUGCACUCAAUUGCAAGUGCUUGAUCUCAGUUCUAAUGCCUUCACGGGGACCUUUCCUCCUGGCUUCUGCUCUGAUGCAUCCCAGUCAGUCCUUGAGAAGAUUCUCUUGGCCGACAAUUUCCUCUCAGGGACUGUUCCCUUGGAGCUCGGAAACUGCCAGAAACUGAGGUCAAUUGAUCUUAGCUUCAACAACUUGAGUGGCCCAAUUCCUUAUGAAAUUUGGACCCUACCAAAUCUUUCUGAUCUGGUUAUGUGGGCAAACAACCUCACUGGUGAAAUCCCAGAAGGCAUUUGCAUUAAGGGAGGAAAUUUAGAGACCCUGAUUCUCAACAACAAUCGGAUAAAUGGAACUAUUCCACUCUCCCUUGCCAACUGCACAAAUAUGAUAUGGGUGUCACUUGCCAGCAACCAGCUUACCGGAGAAAUCCCUGCUGGUAUUGGAAAUCUCCAUAACCUUGCUGUCCUCCAAUUGGGUAACAAUACACUUAAUGGACGGAUCCCCUCAGAGCUCGGAAAGUGCCAAAAUCUCAUUUGGCUCGAUUUAAACAGCAAUGGUUUUAGUGGCUCAGUACCAUCUGAGCUCGCCAGUGAAGCUGGCCUAGUCACCCCUGGACUUGUUUCAGGGAAGCAGUUUGCAUUCGUGAGAAAUGAGGGUGGGACAGCUUGCAGAGGUGCUGGAGGACUUGUUGAAUUUGAGGGCAUCCGGUCGGAGAGACUGGCAAGUUUUCCUAUGGUUCACUCUUGCCCAUCAACUAGAAUCUACUCUGGUGUAACGGUUUACACGUUUUCGAGCAAUGGCAGCAUGAUCUACCUUGAUCUCUCCUACAAUUCCUUGUCGGGAACUAUACCUCAAAGUUUUGGUUCUUUAAACUAUUUGCAGGUCUUGAAUUUGGGACACAACCAGCUAACUGGAAAUAUACCUGACAGCCUGGGAGGUUUGAAGGCAAUUGGAGUCUUGGAUCUCUCUCAUAAUAACCUUCAAGGAUACAUCCCCGGAGCACUAGGGUCUCUCUCAUUUCUCAGUGAUCUUGAUGUGUCGAACAACAACCUCACUGGUCCAAUCCCUUCUGGAGGGCAGUUGACCACUUUCCCAGCCUCCAGAUAUGAUAACAAUUCUGGCCUUUGCGGAGUUCCUUUACCCCCUUGUGGCUCUAAUACUGGAGAUCACCCCCAGGCAAGCUCUUAUAGUCGAAAAAGGAAACAGCAGGCUGUGGCUGCAGAAAUGGUCAUUGGCAUCACCGUCUCACUUUUCUGUAUCUUUGGCCUUACAUUGGCUCUUUACAGGAUGAGGAAGAACCAGCGGACGGAGGAACAGAGAGAUAAAUAUAUUGAAAGUCUUCCAACUUCUGGUAGCAGCAGCUGGAAACUUUCUAGUGUUCCUGAGCCUCUGAGCAUCAAUGUCGCCACAUUUGAAAAACCUCUGAGGAAGCUGACUUUUGCCCAUCUCCUUGAAGCUACCAAUGGCUUCAGUGCUGAAAGUUUAAUUGGAUCUGGAGGGUUUGGUGAGGUCUACAAGGCCCAACUGAGAGAUGGAUGUGUUGUUGCGAUCAAGAAGCUUAUUCAUGUCACAGGACAGGGAGACAGAGAAUUUAUGGCAGAAAUGGAAACCAUUGGAAAGGUAAAGCAUCGGAACCUAGUUCCUUUGUUGGGUUACUGCAAAAUUGGGGAGGAGAGGCUUCUUGUAUAUGAGUACAUGAAAUGGGGGAGUUUGGAGGCUGUUCUUCAUGAUAGGGCCAAAGGAGGGGUCUCCAAUCUUGACUGGGCAGCAAGAAAGAAGAUUGCCAUUGGGUCAGCAAGAGGGCUUGCAUUCCUUCAUCACAGCUGCAUUCCUCACAUUAUCCACCGAGACAUGAAGUCUAGCAAUGUUCUUCUAGAUGAAAACUUUGAGGCCAGGGUGUCUGAUUUUGGCAUGGCAAGAUUGGUGAAUGCCCUAGACACUCAUCUCAGUGUGAGCACCCUUGCAGGGACUCCGGGGUAUGUUCCACCAGAAUACUACCAGAGUUUCAGGUGCACAACAAAAGGGGAUGUAUACAGCUAUGGUGUUGUUUUGCUGGAGCUUCUCUCAGGCAAGAGGCCAAUAGAUUCAUUGGAGUUUGGUGAUGACAACAACCUUGUUGGGUGGGCAAAGCAGCUUCAAAGGGAAAAAAGAAGCAAUGAGAUAUUGGACCCUGAGUUGAUGACGCAGAAAUCUGGGGAGGCUGAACUGUUCCAGUACCUAAAUAUUGCCUUUGAGUGCCUAGACGACAGGCCGUUCCGACGGCCAACCAUGAUUCAGGUGAUGGCGAUGUUUAAAGAGCUUCAUGUUGAUACAGAAAGUGAUAUCCUAGAUGGUUUCUCACUGAAAGACACGGUUGUUGAGGAAUUAUGAGAGAGAGAAACUUAGCUUAUGAAAUAUGAAUCUAACCAUCCAAAAAAGGUUGUGCCCUUGCCAUCCCAGCCCGGCAUGUGACCAAGCUGCGGCUGCACAGGUGUGGUGACAAUGAUUUGAACAUCUGAAAUUGGAUACAGGUUAAUUCUUCACAUUUUGCCUGCUGUAAAUAAUAGAACACUGAAGGAGACAGAAGUUGAAGAAAACCAUGGGGAGAGCAAACAAAAGGGAUUUCUCAGUUGCUUAAAGUGGGGUAACUUGCAUUCUGGUCAUUCUGUUACUAAAAAGUUUGAGAAUUUUGUCCCUUUCCAUAUGCUUCUGUUUCCUGUCACAGUUUUGCUAACUGAUGUGUUGCUAUUUGUUUUGUUACCGUUGUUAAUUGUUGUUGUUAAUAGAAAUCAGCGAAUGUGAGAAGUGAUAUCCUCUGAUAUUGUAAAGUUGUAGGCAGUUGCUUUGUUGGAAAAUGAAAUCAUAAAUUUAUCAUUUGGAAUACUAUGGAAUUACAUUGAUUAUGGAAUUUGAUGGGAUGUUCAUGUUGAUUCAGGGAUGCACUGACAAACAUAUUUUAAAUUUAAUUGAUGCUUGCAACACCCACAUCUGCAAAUAACCGGUUUCUUCUUCGUCUUUUGGUAGUGUAGUAUUCCAUGGCAUGUAGUCAUCUGUUUCUUUUAUGGACCUCCUGCUCUAUGUAAUAGAAAAAACGUUUCCAGGGUUAAUCUUAUUUUAAGGGAGCAGCUAUUAAAUAUUAAGGUUGGGAACAAGUUUUCCUACAUUCAUUGUGAUAUUUCAUUCUUUGCAAAUUAGUUAGAGCAAUCUUAAUUGCCUAACCCUUUGAAUGCCAGUGGUUAGAAAUUGGAAAACGUUUCCUUGUAUAUUUACUAUUAAAUAUAACUUGAGAUUCCUGCUAAAAUCAAUCUGUUAGAUCCAAUUACAAAGAUAUGCAGACUCUCCUCCUUGCCAGCAUUCUUAAUUGCCUACCCCUAGUUGAUUCUUGCUGCAUCCAAUUGUUAUUAGUGUAGGUUCUAACAAUCUAGAUUCCUGUUUGCUUGGAUGCUUAGUCAUUCUAAUAAUUGUGACCUUCUUGAGCCUCCAAGAGAAGGAAUCUGCAGGGGAGAUUUCUGCAUGUCAAACGGUAGCUCUUUUUUCAUGAUUCUGCUAGUUAUUGUUUAUAUGAUGUAAUCUACUUGAAUGAGUGAUCAGGGAUGAGAUAAUAAAUCUCACAAACAGCUAUAAUGCUCCUUUUGGUUGCUAAAAGGAAGGAAAGAAAGAAAACUGGAAUUUUCCCAGCACACGGGGUUGGAAAUGUUCAAAUUUUGUUCCAACUACCCCUUUCUUCCAUCUGCAUUAUACUAUCAUGUAUCAAACAGUAGUACAGUAGUAUAUGAUUCUCUCAGGGUGAUUUGAUUGUUCAAGUUUUAUUUAUAAUGCAUCUCCAUCAAAGCCCUUUCAUGGUUGAUUUGCAACUAGGAAAAUGGAUGUAUGAGUUUUGGCAGUAUUUGUGGUUUUGUUUCUCCUUUCAACCUAAUGAUGUCAGUUUAGAUGAUGAGGUCUCUGUUGCAGCAUCUAGUUUUCAAACAAAAGCGUUAUUCAUGAUUCUGGAAAAGUGGUUUGAUUCUAAAAUUAUGAAGCUGUGACGUGGUUAAGUUGGAUCAAAUAGUUCUUGAUUUGUUUCGAAUAUCGUUGAUGCUGUUAUUGGCAUUUUGUCUCUGUAGUAGCAAACUUCAAUUUUGGUGGAGCCAUUAUCAGCUCAGACACUUGCUCAUACAUGGAUUUGAUAGUUCACCAAAAUCUCUGAGCUGUCUGACCUUGCCAAGUACAAGUAAAUUAGUUUGUUGUACCUUAGCCAUGCCCAUGUUAGGAUUUUAUUACUACUGCUUUUGAUUGAACAUUUUUCUAAGUACUGGAAUUGCAUCUGAAUAUCUUUCGAAUCUAGGUGUGUUUAUUUGUUUUUCCGUUAUGUUCAAUUGCUUUAUAUUUAUUUAAUAAUUAUAUCAUAGAUAAUGGAACUUCCAUGUUUCUGUUGCUCAUGGUUAAGAAUUAGGCCACUGAAACUUUCACUCUUUUCCAGAAAAAAAAAAAGAAAAAAAGAAAUGUUGUUUGUAACUACUGUUGUCUGAUUAUAAAAUUGAUCGGAUUGUGCCAUUUAGUCAAAUCAUUUUAGCUUUAAAUCAUCAUUUGCAUGUUCUUGCAUGAUGUUCUUUAUCUUUGAUUUGAAAUUUUGUUUGUUUACUUUUUCCCUGUAGAGCUUUUGGAUUUUUCUGGAUUACCUUUUUCAUAGUGAUUGUUUUUACAUCUAAACAUUUAUAAUCUUUGUUUUAUUUAGUAUCUGGACAUUGAAUCAUCAUGACAUGUUUGAAAAGCUUCGUCUGGUUGAUAAUAAGGAUGAUUUGUGGCCCCCCUAGACAAUUAUGAAUGGGAUUUUGGGCAGGAUGUGAUUGUGAUUAUUUUCGUUUUCCUUCUUAGUUUUUGCCCCUAUGCUUUAUUUGUUUAUCCGUUGUAUUGCAGCAGGAGCCACACCUCAUGGAGCCAGACCAUUGUCCCAAUACCAUAUACUGCUAUCCAGUUUUCACUAGUUGAAGCAUUCGCUCGCUGUUGAUUGACCAUUGUCUGAACCAGAUUUAAUUCCAUUCAUGUGGCUUCUAGUUCCAGUUUGUCAUUGAAAUUGUUGGCCUGCUGCAUGGGUAUCUGCCUUUUCAAGUGAUCUUCCUAACCCCCUUCAAACCUUGGGGCCACAACCAAUGCUUUCAACUGCUUGAUAGCCUUUCAUCGAAGCGUUCAUUAAGAAGAAAUCAGAUUCUCAGAAUAUUGAUAGCAGGAGCUGCAAUUGAGGAAUCUGCCCAUCUUGAUGAUCUAAGUUUGAUGUUUGCUAGGCUCAUAUAAUCACAUCAAAAGAUCAAUACACCAGAUUUAGCAAGAGCCCUUCAAAAUCAGUGAAACAGUCUUGGUCUUGUUGUUUUGGAUUUGUGCUUCAUUGCUUUUCCAUUUUUAUGGAGAGUGUACCUAUACAAAAACUAGUGUUGGUGAAAAUUUGAAAUUUCUGGUGGCAAGCCCAACAAUUGUGGUGUGCUCAUGUUGGGUGAAGUUGGGUAGGCAUGUUUUCAAUUCCUUGUAUGAUCUUACACUUGAUUAAAAGACAGAAUAUGGUUGUUUGUAA